CGUAUCCUCUUCGUCUUCAUCAUUGAGACUCAAUUCUGUAUUGAUGGACCAGCUAAAGACCACUCUUCGUCAAUUCGAUCUGUCCGAUCCCGACGGGGAGGUGGGGUUAACGGGAGUUUCCUACAAACCGACAAAUAUAAUAGCAAUGUAA